AUGACCGCUAUUCCAUUAAAAGCCGGUCUGUACUACGAAGACAGCGGGUCACCGACAGGCUCUGCAGACUAUGCAACUCUAAUUUUGAUUCAUGGCACGAUUUUCCACGGCGCCAUAUUCCGACGUAUGUUUUCCUAUGCUGCUGCCUACAAUUUGCGCCUGGUCUUUGUCACUCUCCGCGAUUAUCCUGGCUCUACACCAUUUUCUACCGCAGAACUUGAUGUUUUGCAUGGUACGGAUGAAACUGCUCAAGCGACUUUUGUGCAAAAUCGAGGGCUUGAAAUCACCGCGUUUCUCUUGUGGUACAUACAGAAUCAUUCUAUUCCUCCGAUGUGCAUUGCGGAUCAUGUCAGCCAACGCUCUGUUGGGGGCUUAUCUGUUCUUGCGUGGUCCUCGGGAAAUAUGCUCCCGCUCUCGAUGCUCGCACAUCUAGACAAUUUGUCGGAUGAAGACCAGAAUUUGUUUAACGUGUACAUACGCACUCUCGUGUUGUUCGAUGCCCCCUUCCAAGUGUUCGGCAUAGCCUAUCCCUCCCUAGAGGAGCUCUACAACCCCCUGCGUGAUCAUUCCAUACCUGCAGAGAAAAAGGCAGAAAAAUUCGCAGAUUGGGUCUCUGGCUACUUCGCUCACUCGACCCAAAUCCUGUCCUCGCUCUCAUCGCUUUCUUUGCUCACCCGCGAAGAGCUCUUCUCCGGUCUCGCACAGACGCCCUUGUCAGAUCCACCGCCGGAGCAUCUGCCAACGAUCGCGCGCAUGUCCAGCGCCGAGAUAGAGGGGACCGCCGAUUACGCGGGUGCACCGCGUUCGCAUGUACACCUUGUUGAAAUCGCGCCUACAGUGUUUGCCACGAACCUGCGCGCCGCGCUCGGCGACGCGACAAGGUGGCCACACCUGCGCACCGUGAUAGUGUGGUGUGAUCAGAGCUUGAACGAAGUGGCGUUUGCUGCGUGGGAACUGGCGGGAAUGCUCAAAAGGUGGUCAGAUGUCAGGCGAAAGGUCGAGAUCAAGCGGAUGGUGGGAGCAAAUCAUUUUCCCCACUGGGAUCAACCGGAAGUCACCGUGAAGUUCCUUGCUGAUAUUAUCUAG